UAAUUUUUAAAAUUUUAUCAAUUUAUUCAAUCUAACAUUUUAACUGUCAAGUGCCGAAUUUCGGUAUCGUUGAAAAUUUGAAUAUUGUUACUUCUUAUUAUUGUUAUUAAAUAUUGAAUUUUCUCUUUUGUACUAGUCGACCUUGUAUUUUGUUGGAUUUUUCUAAAUCCUUUUGUUUUUUAAUUUGCGUGUACAUUAAUAGCCUCGAAGAUUUAAAAUGAAUAAAGAAAGGCGCGUUGGUCGUCGUAGUGUUGUACAAAAUCUUGUUAAACUUACUCCCGAAUAUAAUAAUGAAGAAAAAGUAUCAGUAGGACCAAAAAAAGCUUUAUUUGAUGAUGAUACAUUUGUUAUGAAACGUACAUUGAAGCCAUUACAUGAGAUUAACAAUUUUCAAUUUUCUUCAUCAAAAUCCAAAAGUCAUGAUAAACUUUAUGCAGAAAAUACUUUUGACAUACCUAAAUCUACGUACAUGGAUAUGUUUAAUAACCAUAAUAAAAUUCCAUUAUCUCCACCUAGUAGAAUUAAACUUCUUGAAUCAUCAAUGGGAAAAUCCCGCCAAAAGCCUUAUGAACCUGUAUUGCAAUCAAAAGAACUUUUUAACACUUUAAUUGACUCACCUUGUACCAAGUAUGAAAAAGUACAGUUUAACAAUGCAUUAUCAUCUGCCUCUAAAUAUUUAUUAAACCGCCACUUAGAAUCUGUCCAAAAAAAUGCAGACAUAUUUAAUGUCUCAGAACCUGAUGUAAAUUUGACUCCUGUCCAUGAAAAUAAUUUCAAUAAACUCACAACUCCAAGUUUAAUAGAUGUAAGUAUUGCUCUGAAGCCAGAUAUAUGUCAGUCUUUUAGCCAAACUCAAACAUCAAAUCUACCUAUAUUAGAUGAAGUAAUGAAAAAUGAAGAAAUUGAUGAUACUUGCAAGACACAAUUAUCAAAUGUGCCUUUAUUAGUUGAAGAAAUUGAAAAAUUAAAAAACAAAGAAAUUGAUGAUAAUCGCCAAGCUCAAACAUCAAAUCUGUCAUUAUUAAUUGAAGAUAUUGAGGAACUGAAAAAAAAAGAAAUUGAUGAUAUUCGCCAAACUAAAUUACAGUGUUGUAAUUUAAUGAAGACCCGGUUCAAAGAAAUCGAACUAGAAAUUGAAAAACAUUUUGGCAUUAUAGAAAAUAAAGUAAAUGAAAACUAUGAUAAAUUGCUGAAAAAAGUUCAAGAUGGAAAUAAUGACAGUAAUGAAUCACAGAUGUCAAAUAUCACUGUAGAAACAGUGAAGGAAAAAAAUUAUACUAGAAUGACUGGUGCUUAUGGAAUUUUCAACAAUUUAAACAAAGAUUGCAGUUUUUUAAAAACUCCUAAGACUAAAGGCAAAACUCGCGAAGAAAUGUUGAAUAAAGGAGUUUUGACACCAUGUACAAUGUCAUUUGUUUUACAAGAACAAUUAAUGAAUUUGAAUAGCAGUUCUUAAGAAUUUGAGCUAUGAAUAUUCCAAAAAAAUAAAACUAACA